GGCCACUACUCGGCUUAUUCAACCCACUUGAUCUUACAGUUCACACUUGGGUCGUUCCACUUGCGAAGCCAACCCUAAAACCCCAAAUUCUCUAUUUCACGAAACUCCGAGCGCCUAGCCCUAGAUUUCAUCUCUUCUUCAACAAUGAAGCUCGUCAGGUUUUUGAUGAAAUUGAACAACGAGACUGUGUCCAUUGAGCUUAAGAAUGGAACUAUUGUUCACGGCACUAUCACAGGUGUGGAUAUCAGUAUGAACACACAUUUAAAGACUGUAAAACUUACACUGCGGGGGAAGAACCCAGUGACUCUAGAUCACCUGAGUGUUAGGGGGAACAACAUCCGUUACUAUAUCUUGCCUGAUAGCUUGAAUCUUGAGACCUUGUUGGUGGAAGAGACACCUAGGGUUAAGCCCAAGAAGCCAACUGCAGGGAGGCCUGUGGGACGCGGUAGGGGACGUGGACGCGGGCGUGGUCGUGGGCGAGGCCGUUAAUUCUGUUGUACUGCUACAUUUUUUCCAAUAUUAUGUUUUAUUGCAUUGUUGGAGUUUAUAUGGUAAUGUGCCAACAGUACCUAAAAUGGACGAUCGGAGUGUAAUGUGUAGUUUCUGCUUUGUCUAUUUGAAAAUUAUGCUCUACAAUCUUACUUCUCCUAAAUUAGUGAAUUCGAGGCUCCUUGGAUGUCUUGGCCAUUACUGACAAA